AUGUCUGAGAACAAUUUAUCGCCUCUGCGGGAUCAUUCAGUUCACUUGCAGACCCUCCCCAAAAGUCUAUUCACGAAUUAUUUUUCGCCUUUGUUUUGUACCGUUCUAUUUAUUCUAUUGUUGCUGUUCCAUAACGUGUUAGAAGUUUUUUGUCUUCACUUUAGAGACAUCAAUCGGCGAUUGAAACAAGAAGUUAGUCGCGUAAGCGUCGCUUUAACCUUAAGCCAAACAGUAAAGUUUAAACAAUUGGAAGAACUGUCGUUUCUUCAUUAUAACUUAGUUCAUUUGGUUCUCGCAAUUAAUAAUCUUUUUGAUGUGACUACACUAGCAUCCAUGGUGUUAUGGUUCGGAAAUAUCAUCAGUGUCCUGUACAGUUUGAUAGAGUCGUUUCUUAAAGAUAACUUUCUACCCCUACAAAUUCGUUUCUACUUAUUUUGUAACGUGAUUAAUUAUUUAUUGUGGUUGAUUAUUGUAGUUCGCAUGUAUAGUCGCACUCAAAGAGAAGCAAACGAAACUUCUGGAUAUAUUCACCAAAUUUGGAAUCAACAUUUUCAGAAGAAAAAUUUAAGUGAAAAAACGCGCCACUUGCAGUUGAUUUCAUGCAGAUUGUUGAACACCAAGUUGAUUUUCAACGCUAGAGGUUUUUUUAGACUGGACGAAACUUUUUUUCAUAUAAUGAUUGUUGCCGUUAUGACGUAUUUGGUGAUUUUGAUACAGUUCCGUAUUUAA